AUGGUUACAAUGGAAUAUACACCAAAAUUUAUGAAUCAACCCAAUAAUCAAAAGGACUCAACUUAUAUACUUUCAUGUAAAAAAAAUAAUAUUAAUAAUUAUUGGAUAGGAAAAACAGAUACUGAGAAUAAUUUAUUACGAAGAGCUAAUUAUCUAGAAUAUUUAUAUUGGAUAGCAUUUGGAUUAAUACUAUUAGUGGGUUACAAAUAUUUUUCUGAUGGAAGUUUUUCAGCUAUAUUAACACUUUCCUCGACAUUUCAAUGUUUUGCAUUCUUAUUAUUAACACUUAAAGUAAAUACUCAAUGUACUCUUUCAGGUAUUUCAUUAAAAUCCCAAAUAUUAUAUACCAUUGCAUUAAUUUCUAGAUUAUCUUCAACAUUAUUUUUCAAUGGAUAUUUACCUGUUGACAGAUCUGGUGAUUGGGUAUAUCAAGCUGCAGAUAUAAUAUCAUUGGGAUUAUCAUUAUUAUUAAUAUUUUGGGGAUAUACAAAAUAUAAAUAUCAAUAUAAAUAUGAUCAAGAUCAAUUUAUGAUUUGGAUACCUAUAAUAUUUGGAUUAAUUUUAGCUACAAUAAUUCAUCCAGAUUUAAAUAGCUACUUUCCAGCUGACUUUGCUUGGACAUUUGCAUUAUAUAUAGAAACAAUUGCAAUGCUACCACAAUUAGUCUUAAUGACAAAAAUUGGUGGUGAAGUUGAAACAUUAACUAGCCAUUAUAUUGCAUCCUUAGCAGCUUCAAAAUGUUUAUCAUUUAUAUUUUGGUUAUUCUCAUUUAGAGAAUUAGCACCUGAAGUUGGAAAGAAUGUAGCAGGAUGGACAGUAAUGUUAGCUCUUGGAACACAAAUAUUAUUAUUUGCUGAUUUUUUAUAUGCAUAUAUUAAAUCUUUAAGACUUGGUAAAUUACUCACAAUACCAACUAAUAUUGUAUAA